AUGAUUAUAUUCCUAAUUGUUUUUACAAUAACUUACUGUGAUGAACAUGAUUAUAAAUAUGAAGAAGGUCAAAAAGUUGUUUUAUGGAUGAAUACAGUUGGUCCAUAUCAUAAUCAUCAAGAAACAUAUAAUUAUUUUUCAUUACCAUUCUGCCGUGAAAAUAUUUUAGGUGUUGAAUUAGAAUAUAGUGGAGUUGAAAUUAAUUAUAAACUUGAUAAAGAAAAAACAGAUUUUUGUGAAACAACAUUAACACAAGAAAAUUAUGAUGCAUUUACAUAUGCAAUUAAAAAUCAUUAUGGGUAUCAAAUAUUUAUUGAUGAUUUACCUAUUUGGGGAGCAUUUCUUGUUCCAUUUCAACAUAAAAUGGUCUUUUAA